AUGACUAAAUUCUCGAAUUUCUUUCGUGACGUCGGCGGAUCCAUCACUGGCGCUUUCUACCACAAGGGUGCCAAACGCAGCCGCAAAUCUAACCAAAUCCCUCGCCCAGACACUCCUCCCAGCUAUGAAAAUCUUUUCGGACCACUAACACAGCUUUCAACAGGCUUGGACGAAACUGCAGAGCAUGAAGCCUUCUUGAUGCGAAUGGCACGCGAUCCAUCAAUCCUUGAACACAGUUCAGACUCUGAUGAAGAUUUCCCACAAGACACAUUGUUGGACCGAAUGGCACACGACCCAUCGACCAGAGAACGCCGUGUACGCUCGAACCAAAUCACAAACCAUGUUCCUGUCGUUUCUCGCAUCUACUCAAUGUCACCACAGGUAAUCAUUCCUGUUUCACGAGCUGAGGUAGAGCCGCGCGAAGCCAUUCCUCCACCAUAUGACCAUAGUGACAACUUGGUUAUUCCAGAGCCACAAGUUGAUACUGCUGAGCCAUUUCUACAUCUUGUCGAGGAAGCUAUCGCAGCUUCAUCUCCCCAAGCCAGAGUAGUUACUCCUGAGCAAGAAAUCACUCGUCAGGAAAACUCAAUUGCUGCCAAUUCCGGCCAUCAAUCAAGAGGUGAUACUCAUCGUUCAUCCCAAGGUCGCUGUAUGAGCUCGAAUAACACCGAAGAUACCCAGUUACCGUCAAGAGUCGUCAGUAACCCAGAGCCACGCGCCUCAGUAUCCAGGCUUCCAGUUGCAAUUAGAUCCACCUCAUUGCAAGAUAAAUCCACUGUUCCUAGUCACCCAAGCUCGCGACCAAAACUUUCUGAAUCACGCCGCGUUGGAGGUCAAUCAGCUGCUUGUGAACAUGGUCAGUCGUCUUCCGUAGAGCCAAGAGCUGUAAGUGCUCCUCAACCAGCCACACAAUCAUCUACUUCAGUUGCUGUUAGACAAUCUUCAACGCAACCAAGAAGUGCCCUGGAUUAUGGAGAUAUCAUUCAACGUCAUGCGCGUGUAUCGGAUCAUCAUACUAGCUUGGUAAGAUCCACAGAAGAUACAGCACAGCAACUGCCAAUGCCUAGACAGCGACCACAUCCUGUUGUUGAUCAAGAUGAGUCGGAUGAAUUGACAGGGGAAGAAAAUCCUGUUGAAAUUCAAGAUUUCCUGGCUCGCGAUCGAUCCGGCUCUAGUGAUGGCAACCAAAAUUCUCAGGGAGCUUCAUCUUCAGGAGAUCUUACUACUUUGAGAUCACAACAUGAAUCUCAUCGGGAUACCGCAUCUGGUACUCAAGUUGCUCAUCAGCGAAGCGCACGCAGCAAUGAAGCCGCCUCAAGAACUGAAGGUGGCAACCAAUCAUCGAAUAGUCACCGUCACGAAAACAGCGAUUGCGAUGGAUCCAAUACUAGAUCAAGACACGCACCUGCUAAUUCUAACAGAUCCGGAAGCUCGAAUGUCGGAACGAAUGCACAGACUAGAGAGACCACUCCGAACUUGUCUAGGCCUAGCUCUUCUGAAACUUUAAGACCUCAGCCUGAGCAACGCGAUCCCGUCCACCCAGAAAUCACUUCUCCCUUGUUGAUCGCAGAGCUUCACCAUGGUCGAGCCAACGGCGCAACUAGGCCACCAGUUAUUGGCCAACAUCUUGCUGAGCGACUUGACGCUGCACGAGCUGCACGUGGUCUACCUAGGUCGCCACGUAUGUGGGAUAUCCCUACACCAAAUGAUGAAAUCAACAAUCCCAUUCAUCCAGCCGACUUCCGCGAAAAUGGAUACCAUCCAACUAAUAGGGACCCAGACUUGCGCGAGGGACGUCCACCAGCUCGGGCAAACAGCACAGUCCAUGGCGACCACAGACAACGCCGUGCGAGAAAUCAAGGCGCUGUUGAUAGUAUGCGCAGUCGAGAGAUGGAACUUGAUCGAGAGCUCCAAGAGAUCCGUGAGCAGGAGAGACAGAGAGCCAGCCGAGAGGUUGAGGAGAGAAGACAAGAAGAGCGAGAGAGACGACACAGAGAGAGAGCGCGCAGAGCAAGAGAGAAGAGAGAGCGCCAACAGAGAGAAAGAGAGGAUUUAGAGAGAAAGAGAUCAGAGGCCGUUGAUAGUAUCCUCCAACCAAUCCACAUCGAUCGUUGUUUCUGUCUUGAGAAAUUCGGAGAUGGUGGCUCGCCGCAUGAGCGUGUAAAGCUGGCGCAGUGUACACACGUCUUUGGAAGAAGUUGCAUCAAGAAGUGGUUGAUGAAAAGUGAUACCUGCCCACAAUGCGUGGCUGCGCAUGCUGCUCUGAGUGCUUUGUCGCAACAGGCACGAGAAUUGAGUAUCCGUCAAGAGGACUGGUAA